AUGGCAAUACAACGCCUUGCUCAGUUUUAUCGCUCGUGUCUUUUCCAGGUCAUAAUAGUUGGCCUCGUCAGUCUUUGUGAGCCAGGUAUAUGGACUGCUCUCAACAACCUGGGAGCUGGAGGUCAAGCUAGUCCAUUCCUCAAUAAUGCGGCCAAUGCGCUCACCUACGGUCUCAUGUCUGUUGGAUGUGCAAUAGCAGGCGGUGUAUCCAAUAAGAUUACGCCAAAGUGGGCACUAGUCCUUGGAGCAGCAUUCUACACCCCUUAUGCGGCGGGGCUCUAUUGCAACAACCGUUACGGGAAUGAGUGGUUCAUGCUUCUUGGCGCUGGGCUUUGUGGUAUAGGAGCAUCUCUUCUAUGGGCUAGUGAGGCAGCCAUUGCCGUUGGGUACCCAGAAGAGGCCAAGAGGGGGAAGUACAUCGCCAUUUGGAUGGGAAUCAGGCAGUUUGGACCCUUGAUUGGCGGUUCCAUUUCACUGGCAAUCAAUGUAAACACUCGAUCAACCGGCAAAGUGAGCUACAACACGUACCUCGGACUCAUCGCCAUCUCUGCUCUUGGAGCGCCCAUUGCGCUCCUAUUAUCGCAGCCUCAAAAAGUUGUCAGGAGCGAUGGGACGAAAAUUGCGUACAUGAGGCAGACAAGUCUUUCUGUUGAAACACGUGCCAUUUGGAGACAGCUGAAAAGCUCAUACCUCCUGCUUCUGGUGCCGGUUUUUCUUGCGGGCCAGUUCGGUGUAACUUACCAGAGCAACUACUUGACAACAUACUUUACAGUCCGCUCUCGUGCACUUGCCUCGUUCCUGACAGCCGUAGUGGGUUUCGGUGCUAACCUGAUAACGGGCUAUUUGCUGGAUUUGCCACGCGUUUCUCAGAGAGCAAAGUCUCGCGCCGUAUACAUCGGGAUUGCGAUGUUUAUUAGCGCUUGCUGGAUCUGGAAUGCGAUCGUGGAGGUGCAGCUUUCUCACCAGGAGUCGACAGCUUUCGAUAUCGGCGGCAGUUCAUUCGGCGACUCUGCCUUUGCAGUUUACCUGUUCUUCCGCUUUUUUUACGAGGCGCUGCAAACAUACCUUUACUGGUUGAUGGGUGAAGUCGGCAAAGGCGUGGCUUCGGAGGAGUACCGACACGGGGAUGUGGCGCGUACGACAGGUAUUCUACGCUCAUGGGAAUCUAUUGGCAGUACGAUAGCGUAUGUAGUUGGAGCAACGCACUGGUCGAACUUGAACCAGAUGAUCCUAGGGUUGGUGCUGUGGUUUGCCACAAUACCUCCCACUGUAGUUGCUUUGUACGGCCGCUGGGAGCCAGAGGUAGGCGUUGCGGAGGCAAGACCAACGCCGGAUAGCAGUAGUGUUGAGGAGCAGAAGGUGGCCGUCGCUGUGAAGGCGUGA